UGACAGAACUAUAACAAAGACAUAUACGGAGCCCUAAAACUUUUUUAUUAUGGCUCUAUUUUCUUUUUCUAAAAAUUAUUUAUUGAAAAAAGACUCCUAAUAAAUUUUAGUUUUCUUCUUCUGAUUAACUUAACUAAAAUUGGUGUAAACACCGGUAAGGGCAAAGAUUAAAUUCUUUUAGAUAAAACCUUCAAUAACUGAAUUUUGUAAUUUCAUAUGUAAUUGAUGGAAAAAUCCCCUCUGGAAUAUCAUUUGGUGUCAGAUUGUCAAUUGAAAAUUUGAAUCACCAAUUCUUGAUUUCAGCAGAGCAUAAGCUGAAACGAGAUAAACGCCAUGGGACCUUAGUCCCCUUACCUUUUUGUAAGCAAAUUCUUCUCUGGGUCGCAAUUGCAGAACACAAGAUGUUGGCCACAUAUAUAGUAUUGUUCAUACUCGCCUCCCUAAUUUUGGGCGAAACACUUGUGUUCUUCGGAAUAUGGUCCCACAUCUCAUUUCAAGAAUCAAUUAUUGUGGCUUUGUCUCACAUUCACAAAGGAAAAGGCCCUUUGGUUGUAAGAAGGAUGCGGAUAUUGAUGUUCUGCGUUUUGCUGUACUGGGUAUACAGCACUAGUGUCAUAUUUUAUAGCCGGUGGAUUUUUCAUGGCCCCAUCAAUUGGAGAGAUGAUGUUGCUCUCUAUCUCCUAAUUCUGCAGGCUUCUCUCCUGGGAUUUUCAUUAUUUGCAUGGAUGGUGUUGGACAAAUUGCACCCUGUAAUAAUGGAGCAUCACUCUGUUAGGAAGAUUAUCAAGGCUGAAGAAAUACUGCUUCAGGAAAGAAAAUUGCUUAUGGAGGAUCAUCGUAGCGUUUUACAGGGCAAGAUUGCAGAAUUGAGAGCUAAAAUGAAGAAACUGGAAACAGAUUGUAAGAUGAAAGCUACUAGGGCUCAGGCUGCAGGAGCUAUUGUUUUGAAAUUAAAAAACCAGUUCGAAGAACUUCAUCUUAAAUAUGAUCGUUUGCUUGAAUACAAUCAGACACUUCGAAACCAGUUGCAGUCAAUAAGCCACGAGGUCCAGAUUAUUGACGAGUCAGAUGGAUGGUCUAACUUGAAAAUUAAGCUGGGUUGCCCAACACUUGAAAAUAAUGGACAAAAUGUAGAUUUUGAGAAUGUAAUGGAGGCAGCAACAAAAUAUGGUGAGUACCUUGUCUCUGUCACUCAGUCAUUGUCCUCGCCCAGACAUCGCAGGCGAAUUUAUCAGUGUUGAGGGCAAAUAACCAACUUGCUUCCUUUGAAAGAUGCUUGUCUGUGUAAGUAAAACUUUUGUAAAUUCUCAAAGAGAACUGAUGGCAGAAUGUUGUACAUGCAUAGCAUUAAGCUUUAUUUUCUUUUCUCUUCUUUUUUUUUCCUCUCUGUUUUGGCUAGUUCAAAGGAGAAUAAACUAGUGUAAUUCACAAUCUUACCUUUUUUUCAUGUUGCCGAAUUGAACGAAGAUUUAAGAAUAUCAUGUUGCUUCAGUCGUUUUUUAUUUCCCCGU